GUGGACCAGCCCUCCCAUGUGAUGCUGGGACACAACGGGUCCCACUUGGUCUAGUAUUAACUGUUUCUCCCACCUCUCUCAAACGACUGUUUCCAUCACUUUCUCGUUUUAUUACUUCAGAUUUCACAGCACCUACAGAAUUUAAGUUUUGACGCGUCUUGAUCUGAAACGUCACCGAUCGAUGUUCUCCAGCGAUGCUGCCUCGCCUGCUGAGUUAUUCCAUCAUUCUGUGUCCUUUUUUUAUUUCGUGAAGGUAUUCCCUGGCUUAAAGCAGAUCAACGAUUAAAAAUACCAUGUGGUGCUGAAUAAAGAAAGGUAUCAAAUUGAAGAUUCGUGUGUGCAGAUAAAUUAGCUUAUUUCAACUUUCCAACCAUACACCGCGUUAACGGUAAAAAAUCUACCGAGGUUACGAACAUCUGUAAUUGCAUAGAAACGCUAGCAAAUACUUCAGGCAACGGCUGGAAUAAACCAAGGGGGAAAUUUUAAUGGCAUUUGAGCAACAAAUCCAAGAGCUGCGGAAAAGCAUGCGUGAAACUGUAACUCAGUUUAAAUCGGCAUCGAAAAUGAAUUAGAAAUGAUAAAUGUUGGUGAUGAAAGAAAACAAAAACGACUGGAUUACUGCAGCGAUAUUGCUUCACGCUUCAUUUAUCGUAUGCUUCACACAAUCAAUGUUUUAGGAUUUAAAAAUGUACAACCACAAUUUUCACGAAUGUACCAUUUGAAUAACAUUGAAUGCAACGCGAAGAAUCGUGAGUACAGACGAAAGUAAAAACAUGGGCUGGUCAUACCGAUCACAUGAUGGUCAACCUAGGCAACCAACAAUAGUUUACAUUUCCGCUUGUGAAGCUGAUGGUUUCCCGGGCUCCUCUUACUGAGCACACGGUGCUGAACACAACGAGCACGGACUGCCAAAAGAGACGCAUUUUCAGACUAUUGGGGACGACAGCACUUCCAUCAAGAUUUCACAGCACCUACAGAAUUUAAGUUUUGACGCGUCUUGAUCUGAAACGUCACCGAUCGAUGUUCUCCAGCGAUGCAGCCUCGCCUGCUGAGUUAUUCCAUCACUCUGUGUCCUUUUUUUAUUUCGUGAAGGUAUUCCCUGGCUUAAAGCAGAUCAACGGUUAAAAAUACCAUGUGGUGCUGAAUAAAGAAAGGUAUCAAAUUGAAGAUUCGUGUGUGCAGAUAAAUUAGCUUAUUUCAACUUUCCAACCAUACACCGCGUUAACGGUAAAAAAUCUACCGGAGUUACGAACAUCUGUAAUUGCAUAGAAACGCUAGCAAAUACUUCAGGCAACGGCUGGAAUAAACCAAGGGGGAAAUUUUAAUGGCAUUUGAGCAACAAAUCCAAGAGCUGCGGAAAAGCAUGCGUGAAACUGUAACUCAGUUUAAAUCGGCAUCGAAAAUGAAUUAGAAAUGAUAAAUGUUGGUGAUGAAAGAAAACAAAAACGACUGGAUUACUGCAGCGAUAUUGCUUCACGCUUCAUUUAUCGUAUGCUUCACACAAUCAAUGUUUUAGGAUUUAAAAAUGUACAACCACAAUUUUCACGAGUGUACCAUUUGAAUAACAUUGAAUGCAACGCGAAGAAUCGUGAGUACAGACGAAAGUAAAAACAUGGGCUGGUCAUACCGAUCACAUGAUGGUCAACCUAGGCAACCAACAAUAGUUUACAUUUCCGCUUGUGAAGCUGAUGGUUUCCCGGGCUCCUCUUACUGAGCACACGGUGCUGAACACAACGAGCACGGACUGCCAAAAGAGACGCAUUUUCAGACUAUUGGGGACGACAGCACUUCCAUCAAGGAGUGGGACAAAUGGCUGGAAAGAAGAAAGAAACAACAUUGCAGAUUACUAUCUUUAACCAGGAACAAUGGGAUGAAACAAUGGCGAUAACAGGACUGACUGUGGUCGAUGUGUACCAAGCAUGGUGUGGUCCAUGUAAAGCUGUGAUUAGUUUAUUUCGGAAGAUUAAGAAUGAACUGGGAGAUGACCUCUUGCAUUUUGCAGUGGCUGAAGUGGACAACAUUGACUCACUGCAGAGGUACAGAGGGAAAUGUGAACCCACCUUCCUGUUCUUUGGGGGAGGUCAACUGGUUGCUGUUGUCAGGGGAGCAAAUGCACCAUUGCUGCAGAAUUUCAUUCUGGAACACUUAGCCACAGAAAGGAAGGUGCUUGACGAUGGAGGUGAACGCAAAGCGAUCAAAGACGAAGGCCUAGUGGAAGAAGAAAAAGAGGAAGUGACAGUGAUGCAAGAUGAUGAAGAGGAGAAGUUGGUUACUGCCAACAAGUCAUUUACAGUGGCAAUCAUCAAACCUGAUGCCGUGGCUCACGGGAAAGCAGAUGAAAUUAUAAUGAAGGUCCAGGAAGUAGGUUUUGAAAUUAUCUGUCAUGAGGAGCGGACAUUAACAGAAGAGGAAGCACGUGACCUCUACCAACACACGUCGGAGGAGCCUCAUUUUGAAGAGCUAAUUCACUUCAUGUCAAGUGGGCCCUGCCGGGUUCUGAUCAUAUCGAAACCUGAAGGAACAGACGAUGUCAUUCCACAGUGGAGAGAAUUUAUUGGCCCAACUGAUGUAGAAAUUGCAAGGCAGGAGAAACCUGAAAGCCUCCGUGCUCUCUAUGGUACUGAGAAGCUGUUCAAUGCAGUUCAUGGAUGUGAUGACAAGGAGCAGGCUUCCAGGGAACUUGGCUUCUUCUUCCCGAACUUUGGGGCAAGCUCUGAAGCCCAGAAUCUUGCUGAGCCUGACCAACGUGUGGAGAAGACCCUGGCUCUGAUCAGGCCGGAUAUCUUAAAGGAGAGGAAGGAUUCCAUCCUGCAGAAGAUUAGUGAGGCUGGCUUAGUGGUGGCCUUGCAGAAGGAGAUCUUAUUGACGGAACAACAAGUUUAUGAAUUUUACAGAGAGCACACAGAGGAAGAUUAUUUCCCAGCACUCCUUCAGAACAUGACCAGCGGCCCUGUACUUGCACUGGCCCUUGCCAGCAAAGAUGCGGUUGUACAUUGGAGGGAUCUGCUAGGACCCAAGGAUGUGAGUCAAGCAAAAGAGGAAGCCCCUGAAAGUCUACGAGCACAAUUUGCAGUGGAAUCAGUUCCAAUCAACCAACUGCAUGGUAGCAGCACACUGCAGGAUGCAGAAAGGGAGCUGAAUUUCUUCUUCCAAAUGGAACACACUCUGGCUGUCAUCAAGCCUGAUGUGAUGGAGAAUCACAGAGAUGAGAUUAUACAAAAGAUUGAAGAAGGAGGCUUCGUUAUUUCGCAGAUGGAUGAAAAGUUCCUGAGCCGAGAAAUGGCUGAAGAGUUCUACAAAGAACACAAGGGCAAACCAUUCUUUGACAAGCUGAUUGAUUAUAUGAUUGAAGGUCCAUCAUUGAUGAUGAUUCUAAGUAAGGAGAAUGCUGUGGAAGAAUGGAGAAGUUUAAUGGGUCCCACAGAUCCUGAGGAAGCCAAGAAAAUAGCACCAGAUUCUUUACGAGCCAAGUUUGCAAAGGACAUGUUACGGAAUUCCUUGCAUGGUGCCUCUGAUCAGAUGCAAGCCACAGAAAAAAUCCAGUUUAUAUUUGGGGACAUAAAUAUAGGAGCAGAUGGAAUUGUGCAAGGUAUUGAACCAACCUUGGAGAAAGUGAUUUACCCAGAGUAUAAGGAGGAGUCUGAAGACUCACAGCUGGGCGCUGAUGCAAUUGACUCGACAGAGAAUGCAGAAGAUAAUGAGACUGCACAGCUGGGAGCUGAUGCAAUGGACUCGACAGAGAAAACUGCAGUAGAUAAUGAGAACUCACAGCUGGGAGCUGAUGCAAUUGACUCGACAGAGAAUGCAGAAGAUAAUGAGACUGCACAGCUGGGAGCUGAUGCAAUGGACUCGACAGAGAAAACUGCAGUAGAUAAUGAGACUCGAGGCGAGCCCCAGGCUGCUGCAGUAGACUCACAGUCUUUGAACUCAGGGGGCACUUGCGAUGAGAGCUUGCAGAAGAGUUCACAAGAAGAAGCUGCAGAGGAGCGAGCUAAUGAAGAAGAUAUACUGCCGGCAUCAAAUGAUACAGAGACAACAGAAGUGGCUGCAGAAAGCCCUGAGACUCCUGACGAUACUCUCACUGAGCAGCCAGAGAACACCUUGAAUGAGAGCUCAGAGAUAAGUUUACCAGAUGAAACUACAGAGGCAGCGGAGAAUGAGGAAGAUGGAGAAGCUGAUUAGUGAGACGGAUGACAUUCAGCUCGAGGUUAAGAUCGUGCUGAGAUUGAAGCUGUCAAGGAUGUGAACAACAGCUGAGGGAUCAACCUCAGUCGCCACAUACACACCCAGGUGGGGGUAACGUUUCAGGAAAGCAUCAAAUACACAAUCAUGAUGGGAUGCACGAAGAAAAAAUCAAUAACUACUUGCAAUCUAAUGUCAAUUUAUUCAAAAUGUUAAUUGUAAAUCAAGUAUUCAUAAAUAGAGGCCUUGUUACAAACAAUAAAAAAAGAUCAAUGCAGUACAAUUAUGGACUCGGAAGUAAGUAUGAUUUGUACUUAUUUGGGACAAAUAUAGUUCAAUAUAGUUCUAGCAUAGUCCAUGAUGUUUAUUGAAUACUAACCAUUAGAAAGUUAUCUUCAGUGACCAUCAGUUAGGAGUAGUGGAACUAUGGCCAUUAUCUUCGAAUUGGCUGUUUCCCAGAGAAAGCUGGGUGAGGAGUUCUUAAAUCCAGUUCCCAGGUUGAGACACCAUGAUAUCGAGUCUCAACAUGGAGGCUGUGGCAACUCCCAAAGCAGAGGAAACUUGAUUAGAAGCAAAUCCUUCUUACAAUGGUCUGGGAGCAAACUGUGUUAACUUGGCACCAGAUCCAUGUGUUUCAGUAAGAGCAAAGGAAAUGGGAAUAGAAGUAAUCGAUGUGGCCU